CUCAGCUCAGAAGUUUUCGGCGGCUGCGCGGACACCUCGAGCCGAGAUGAGUCAUGCCAAGUCGUGGCAACUUGACUAUAGAUUCACGUCUCUCACGACGUUCCUUUUCUUUCACGUCCAUCACGAUGCCCGCUGAUUCAGAGACUCAAAUAAUGCCAUCGAUAAUCGGCCCCAAUCCUCCAGCGGAUUCGACCAAUUCUGCUACCACGAGACGCGACUUUGGGUUCCUGCCUGUGCCUCGGUGCGCCCAUCUGGAUAGCUCUGGUGAGAUCGGUUACGCGAGAGUCCUUUCGUUUGCAUUCGCGGCUACUUUCACUGGUAGGCAGCACAAACAUCUUUGUUCUCUGAAAGUGAUCUUUUCUGUUCAAAGCGAUGAAUUUGUACUACUGCCAACCCAUUCUCGUACAACUGGCGCAAGCGUUCCAAGUCGACGACUUCCAAGUCUCGCGGAUUCCAAUUCUUCUCCAGGCCGGAUAUGCCACUGGCUUGCUGUUCAUAGCACCGCUAGGAGACAUAUUCCAUCGGCGGCAGCUCGUUCUAAUUCUCAUCGUAACUUCGGGAGCCCUCACUGUCGGUUUGGCAUUGACAAGAUCCUUGGUCGCCUUUGAAGUCCUUUCUUUCUUAACGGCAGUCGCCACCGUGACGCCUCAGGUUCUGAUCCCGCUCACUGCGGAUCUGGCCCCGGCAAACCGGCGCGCAACUUUCAUUGCCCUCGUCAUUGCGGGUCUUCUCACCGGCGUUCUCGCUGCUCGUGUUCUCGCUGGGAUCAUCACUCAAUAUUCAUCCUACCACAAUGUAUACUGGAUGGGCGCCGGAGGCCAAUUCCUUCUCGCCAUCGUCCUCUACCUCGUCGCGCCACCUGUCCCGGUCAAAAACGAGCACCUCUCGUACUGGCAGAUCAUGGCGAGCUUAGCAAAAUUUGCAGUGACCGAGCCCAUUCUUGUUCAGGGGUGCCUCAUCUUUUUCUGCAGCGAGGCGGUAUUCUCGGGAUUCUGGGUUACCAUGACUUUCCUUUUGGACGGCGAGCCCUAUAACUAUUCAACUUUGGUCAUCGGUAUAUUUGGUCUUGUCGGACUGGCCGGAAUAGGCAUGUCUCCACUCAUCGGACGGGCGGUAGACAACCUCGUCCCGUGGGCUGCGACCUUUGUUUCCGUGUGGUUCGUGAUAGCGUCUCAGAUCGUUGAGACGUUUGGGGCUGAGAAAAGCAUCGCCGCUGUUAUUGUUGCGACGCUGAUUCUUGAUGUCGGUUCUCAAGCUACUCAAGUUUCUUUGACCGCAGUCAUUUUCGAGAUCGAUCCAAGUGCUCGGGCGCGUUUGAAUACUCUGCUUGUCGGAUCCAUCUUUCUCGGCCAGGUCGCUGGAACCGCUAUCGGAACUAAGCUCUAUGUUUCUGGCGGAUACAAACUUUCCUCGGGCAUCCGCGUGGUUUUUGCAGGACUGGAGCUUCUCGUGCUCCUGGCGAGAGGCCCCCAUGCCCCACGACACACCUGGUUUGGAUGGGCAGGCGGGAUGAAUCUCCGGAAAUCAACGCCAGCGCCACCGAUAGAGAACGGCAUCCCGGAGGCGGGGGUUGACUCGGACGAAAAGCACCAGUAGUUCAAUCAAUACAGUGUAUUUCCCGCUCCCCAGCAGAGCAACCUAAAAUUCUGAUCGCCAAGUUGGAGUUUGA